CCCCCUCCUUCUCCAUCUUCUCCCCUCUUCUCCCUCUACUUCUUCCUUCUCUUCCUCUUCAUCUCAAGCACACUGGCCCGCCGCCUCAAUUGAAAGAUCCCAUUCAAUUGACUCUCUCGCGACAGAAUGGCCUCUCGUCUUGUCCUCGGCCGUGGUGCCAUCAACAGAGCCCCCGUGGCCUUGGCUACCCGCGCCGCUACUUUCACCUCCAGAACCCCAGCUGCUCUUCGUUGCAUCUCUCAGACGGCUUCCGCUGAGGCCCAGGAUGCUCGCACUAGACGCAACGCCUUUGCUGAGCUCAAGAAGGAGCCCAGCUACAAGGCCAUGCAGAAGGUCCAGGACGACAACCUCAAGUCGUACCUGAACUUCUCCUCCCGCCACAUUGGUCCUCGCGACUCCGACAUUGAGGAGAUGCUCAAGGCGCUUGGCCCUGGUGCCGAGACCCUUGAUGGCUUCCUCAACCAGGUCAUUCCCAAGGACGUCAUGCUUCCUCCCCAGAAGACUAUCCAGGCCAAGACUUACACUGAGGCUGGCAUUGCCAAGCAGUUCAAGGCUAUUAACGCCAACAACGAAAAGAAGGUCUGGAUGAACGGUGGUGGUUACUACCCCGUCGAGAUCCCUACCGUCAUCAAGCGCAACAUCUUUGAGAACCCUGCCUGGUACACCAGCUACACUCCCUACCAGGCCGAAAUCAGCCAAGGCCGUCUUGAGUCUCUGCUCAACUUCCAGACCAUGAUCACUGAUCUCACCGGUCUCCCCGUCGCCAACGCUAGUUUGCUUGACGAGGGUACCGCUGCCGCCGAGGCUAUGACCAUGUCCUUUAACAGCGUCUCUACUUCGCGUGCUAAGCGCCCUGGCAAGACCUACGUCGUUUCUGACCUCCUCCACGACUCUACCAUCCGUGUCAUGCACGGCCGUGCUGAAGGCUUCGGCAUAAACGUCAAGGUCAUGGAUCUCACUGCUCCCGACGCCCACGAGUCUAUCAAGGCUCUCGGUGACGACCUUCUCGGUGUCAUGGUCCAGUACCCCGACACCAACGGUGGUGUCCAGAACUUCAAGGAGCUUGCUGACAUUGCCCACGCUCAGGGCACUCUCCUCAGUGCUGCCACUGACUUGUCUGCUUUGACCCUCCUUACCCCCCCUGGUGAAUGGGGCGCCGAUGUUGCCUUCGGUAACUCUCAGCGAUGGGGUGUUCCUCUCGGCUACGGUGGUCCACACGCCGCCUUCAUGGCUGCUCAGGACUCCAGCAAACGCCGUCUGCCCGGUCGUUUGAUCGGUGUCUCCAAGGACCGCACUGGCAACCGUGCUCUCCGUCUCGCUCUCCAGACUCGUGAGCAGCACAUUCGCCGUGAGAAGGCUACUAGCAACGUCUGCACUGCUCAGGCUCUGCUCGCCAACAUGGCCGCCAUGUACGCCAUCUACCACGGCCCCAACCAGCUCCGUGAGAUGGCUAUCAGCAACUUGCGUCACGCCCGUAUCCUCCAGGCUGCUGCCCAGCACUACGGUCUGAACGUCAUUACCGGCUCUGUCGACCCUGAGGGCCGUGUCCUCUCCGACACCCUCACCAUCGGCUUCGAGGACCCUGUUGCCUGCCAGGCUCUCCGCCGCGAACUCGAGCACCACAACAUCAGCUCUGGUAAGACCUGGUCUGCCAACGAGGUUGUUUUGGCUGUUCCUACCGGCUUCGACCUUCGCUCGUACUCUGGCAUCGUCAAGGCUUUCCAGGUCGUUUCCACUGAGAACAAGACUGAUGCCGACCUUGAGGUUGCUAGCAAGUUCUGGGAGCAGGGCUACGCUCAGUCCGACGAGGCUAUCCUCAACAGCCUCCCCGAAUCUGUUCGCCGUCAGUCCAAGUUCUUGACCCACCCCGUCUUCAACUCCCACCACAGCGAAACCGAGAUGCUCCGUUACAUGCACCACCUCCAGUCCAAGGAUCUCUCCCUGGUUCACUCCAUGAUCCCUCUCGGAUCUUGCACCAUGAAGCUCAACGGUACUACUCAGAUGGAGCUUGUUGGCACCGAAACCAUCUCUAACAUCCACCCCCACGCUCUUGCUGACUCCGUCAAGGGCUACCAGAAGCUCUUCGCUGAGACUUCCAGUCAGCUUGCUGCUUUGACCGGUAUGGAUGCUACUUCUCUUCAGCCCAACUCUGGUGCCCAGGGUGAAUUUGCUGGUCUCCGUGCCAUCCGCAAGUUCCACGAGGAGAACUCCAAGACCAAGCGUGACAUUUGCUUCAUCCCCGUCUCCGCUCACGGAACCAACCCUGCCUCUGCUGCUAUGGCUGGUAUGCGCGUCGUCCCUAUCAAGUGUGACACUGCCACUGGUAACCUUGAUCUCGCUGAUCUCGAGGCCAAGUGCAAGAAGCACGCUGAUAACCUUGGUGCCAUCAUGAUUACCUACCCUAGCACUUACGGUGUCUUCGAACCUGAGGUUCGCAAGGUUUGCCAGCUCAUCCACGAGUACGGUGGCCAGGUCUACAUGGACGGUGCCAACAUGAACGCUCAGAUUGGCCUCACCUCCCCUGGCGCUCUCGGUGCUGAUGUCUGCCACUUGAACUUGCACAAAACCUUCUGCAUUCCCCACGGUGGUGGUGGCCCUGGUGUCGGACCCAUCUGUGUCAAGAAGCACCUUGAGCCUUUCUUGCCUCACAAGCAGAACCAGGUCCCCGUUGCCAGCGCCAACUACGGUAGCGCCAGCAUCGUCCCCAUCAGCUGGGCUUACAUCUCUACCAUGGGUGAUGCCGGUCUCCGCAAGGCCACCUCCAUUGCUCUGCUCAACGCCAACUACAUCCUUGCCCGUCUCAAGGAGCACUACCCCGUUCUCUACACCAACGACAACGGUCGCUGCGCCCACGAGUUCAUCAUCGAUGCUCGUGGCUUCUCCAAGACCUCCGGCGUCGAGGCUAUCGACAUUGCCAAGCGUCUCCAGGAUUACGGCUUCCACGCUCCCACCAUGAGCUGGCCUGUCCCUAACACGCUCAUGAUCGAGCCCACUGAGAGUGAGAGCAAGGAGGAGCUUGACCGCUUCAUCGAUGCUAUGAUCAGCAUCCGCAACGAAAUCCGUGAGGUCGAGGAGGGCAAGCAGCCCCGCGAGGGCAACGUUCUUAAGAACUCUCCCCAUACUCAGCAGGAUGUCAUUGUUGGCGACGCUGGCAAGUGGGAUCGCCCCUACACUCGUGAACAGGCCGCCUACCCUCUGCCUUACCUCAAGGAGAAGAAGUUCUGGCCCACGGUUACUCGUGUUGAUGACACCUACGGUGACACCAACCUCUUCUGCACUUGCCCUCCCGUCGAGGAUACCACCAGCGCCUAAACGGCUCAACAUGAGCUUUGUACAAGCGACUUCCCCUUUUCCUUUUCAGUUUCCCCCUUCGCAUUAAUGAUGUUUUCAAAAAUUAACCCAGUUGAGUCGAUUCGAAUGCGGAUCUGCACCUUACUAAAUGCCACCGAGUUGCAAGCAAUUUACAUCCGCAACUCGGAGGCACCUUAGAAGAUGUACAAAAUAUACUGCAUAGAGAUACUUCUCUGCUCCCCUUGCACAGAGUGGCUUGCCAUCGCGUGUUAUGGUUGAAAGGCGCAUAUCACAGCGCCUUAUCAUACCGACAACAUCUAAGAACUAAUUGUGCAUUUAUCAUGCACAAUCUUCUCUCUUUGGCCCCUUCACCCAGGGCCUCUGAUCGAUCCCUCCUUUAACAUUUGGAUCGACUGUACGACAAAAAGCUUAUUUAUCGCAGCGUUUUCGUUUUGGAAUUGGACCUUUAUUGAACAGUUGAAUUGACACUACUUGUUCUACCUACACACUCUGGAAUGUUCCUCAUCUGAGGCAAAUCAUUUUUAUUUUGCAUACGGACACUCAACAUCCGAAUCUGGCGUACUUUGUUUUGGCUUUUAACAAGUUUGUCCAAUAUGCUUUCCGGCUCGAGUCAUGGCGGUUGAAGUUGAUUACACCCAAAGAAAAGAUGGGCUAUGGUCACUUUCCCCAUGAUUCGAUUUUAACUUGCAAUUCUCUCUCAAAGGCGGUGGGCGCGGAAGCGCAAUUAACGAAUUGAUGAACUUUAACGUUUCGGUACAGGUAAUACCGCUAUGCCUUACUACUAACUGUUUAGCUCUGGAAUUUACAAUGAUACCCCCCAAUGUUAGACAAAGGACCAGGAGAUGUUUUAUUUUUUUUCUACUCCUUGGGAUCUUGCGCAGUUACGAUUUGACGUUCUUUUUUUUUUCUUUGGACUUUUUUUUCUUCUUUUCUUUUCUUUUUUUUAUAUCAAUGCAUUCUUUUAUUGAUCUAAACUUACGCUCCUCAUGCGCUCUGCUUCCGGUGACAACAUCAUGACCACUCCACAUUGUGGUCAAUUCCUACAUGUUCAGUAUUGUGCAAUUAAAUUGUAUAAACUAUUUUUGUAAUCUCCAGACACCCAAAGAUACAGUGUCAUCAUGCUCUAUGGGUUUCAUAUAUUUCUUAAGCUUCAAAGACAAGCGAGACUCCGUCAUCACCAGCCGUAAUGAUACGUUCACCUGUUUGGCCCUGGACAAAACCAAGGAUACCGCCGCCUUCGCCAUCGCCACGGUGACCCUUCCACUCCUUGAUAAGACCAGAGUCUGCGGCAGUAGUGCCAGCGGUGGUAGUACCUCGGAGAUCCCAGCGGCGGACGACACCAUCCAUACCACAGGAUGUCAGAGUCCAAGAGUCCUUGAUGAAUUCGACCUUGACGACGGAGUGCUCCUCGUGAGCACCAACAAUGUUGCGUCGCACAGCAAAUUGGCGGGUAGCAUCAAAGACGCAGAUGGAGCCGUCGACGGAACCGGCGGCCAAAAGGAGGGUAGGUGGCGUAGUUGAUGCGAGUACAAUUGAAAGAGACUCAACACCGUCAGACUGAGCGUGAAGUGAUGCAAGGAUUUGGCCGCCAGCAGAGUCAGCGCCCGAUUUACCUCCCUUACCACCUGCGGCAGCUCCCGAUAGUCGAGGCAUAGAGACAAUCUUAAUAGCGCCACCAGCACCACCAGCAGCUAUGAAUGUGCCCUUGGGAUCGACAGCAACGGAGUAAAGACCACCCUCAACUUCGAAACGCUGGUCCUCGCCAGUCAUGGCAAUGAUGCUCAUACCGUUGUCACCAACAAGGCCCUUUGCAGCAGCAGCACCCCAGACGUCCCAAACAUAGAGACUGCUUUCUUCAGAGACGGUGACGAGCAUCUGGCCGUCAGGAGACCACGCGCCAGCAGUGCAAGACGCAGUGUGUAGGAAAUAAGACUGAACAAUCUGGAAUGGGUUGGAGGGAUCCGACGGGUCGAUGGUGUAAACCCAGACAGAGCCGUCGUUAGCGCCAAAGGCAACUGUGUUGGGGUUCUCAGGCGAAGGGCACGGCGCAAUCCAGUUUACCUCCUCUACUUCUUGGGUUUCACCAAGAGGGGAGACUUUGAUCGGCGAGCCAGGGUUGGCCUCGACAGUCCAAGCGCGUAUUCUGCCGUCAAGGCCGCCAGAAACGAGGACUUCGCCCUUGGGAAAGGUGAAGCAGAGAGAGUUUAUGGAAUCAGUGUGGCCGUCGAGGUUGUAUACGCUCUGGAGGGGGAAGCCUUCCUCGGGCUGUGCGGCAGGGUUGCUUGCGAAACUGGCGGGCAAAACUGGUUUCGAAGGAGCAGAUGAGGUGUCGAUGACCCAACCUGCGCCGGGGGCAUCGUCUUCUUGGCCGGCAGAGCCACCGACAGCGACAAUGGAAGGCUGGACGGGGUGCUGGGCGAUUGUGAAGAGGGAGUCUUUGGGUUCGUCAAAGUAGGCGAUGGAGUCAUUUUGCAGAAAGAUGUCUUCGUCAGAGUCCAUGACAAGAUCGCCAUCCUCGUUGAUGAUCUCCUCGGCGGCGUCAUCUUCGUUGAGGACCUGCAUGUCCUCCUCGUCGUGGUGGUCUUCGGUCGACAUGGUGACGAUGGGCUGCGCUGUUAUUGGUAGUAGGGUGUUUGUUCUUGGAGCCUGAUGGUCGGUAACAGGCAAAUAUAUAUGCGCCCGAAAUUUCUGCUGGCUGGUAAAGCGAGGGAAUGCCGUGGCCGCAAGUAUUCCAAGCUUUUCUCUGUUGUCGGCUGCGCUGUUCUUUGAAGACGGUGCUUGAUAAGCAACUUUUUUUUCUUUGGUGGGGUUGCUCGUAGUGGCGGGAUCUGCC